AUGCCAGCCGCAACGAUACCUGCCUCGCGUAUGCGCGAUGCCCUUCAAGUCGUCCACGACUCGAUCGAACAGUUUGCCAACACCUACCGAUCAUGGCUCACGCUCGCCCCAGCGUACAGCUACGCUCCAGCACUCACAGCUUCAACCAGCUCAUCUUCGGCAUCAUCAUCAUCGUCAUUGUCUUCUUCCUCUCCACCGUACCUCCCAAAUGCAGAGACGAUUGCUCGAGCUUAUUGCCCCAUCUCGGGUCCCAGGUGGGACGAGCAUCGCGAACGCAUGGCGGCUUCCACCUCCCUGAAAGGACUCACCUUGCUUCGCAGCCAGGUCGAAUCCGAACUUGCUGCUUUACAACGGCUCGCAGCUGAACGCGGAAGCUGGCACGAACCGCAUCCUUACUCGAAUGGAACGCACCACAUCCGCUUCUGGGAAGAAGUGCUCUACCUCGCCUUCACAAACGGUCCCGUGCUAUCGAUACAAGAUCGCUUUGCUUUCAGCCUGAAUGCAGCUUUGCGACGCAACAAAAAGGUACGUCAGCCUCGAGUCAAAAAUGUCAACAGCCAAAGCGUCAAAGUGGAUGUCGUCUCCCAGAACGGCCAUUGUUGGACGCGACUCUACAUUAUCAAACCCGAACGUCUACGCCAGGAGUUUCGAGAGGCUGAAAGUUAUAUGAUCGACGAACAAGAUUCUAGCUCUGCCUCUGCCUCGGAACAUGAUGACCUCGAAUCAUCCAGUCUCACCGAAUCAGCUCCAGAUAUCUUUCACCAACACUACCAUACCGCCAAGUGCACCGCUAAUGGCGAUUUGGAAACCAGAACGUCGACGCAGCCAGUUUCCACCCUAACCCCAGAGUCGCUUGCUUUCGACGUUGCCGCCAAAAAGUGCUCACUCACCAAACUCAUCCAUCAACUUCGCGCUGCAGCCGACACAGAGGCAAGAGCGCGCGUCCAACGUUCCAGAGACCACGGUUGCGAGCUCCCUCUCG